AUGGAUGAGUGUUGUGGUGAACCCGAAGUCUAUGUGAUGUCAGAAGUAGAAGAGAGUGUCGAAAACCAACACAAAGACACACAAGAAGAGGAAGGACUUGAAGAUCGCAACCGUUUGGAGACAAUUGAAGAGCCGAUCGAUAGACAAGAGAUGCAGACAUUGGAUGAAGUGAUCGAUGGGUCGGACAUUGGAGUCGAAGGUUCAGCCGUUGUAUUGGAGGCACAGGAGGGCGGGUGUGGUGUCAGAGAUGGACGCAUAGAGACACCAGAACUGGAGGAAGAGGACGACACUGAGGAAGAAGGCAGCGGUUAUUGUGAGCCAAUUGCCAGCACUAUUGGCUCCGGUGCUCAAAAUGCUGUCAAUGAGCGCCCAUUUGUAUGCGUUUAUCCCGAUUGUGGAAAACGAUUCACUCAUAAAACAAACCUCAAUCGACACAAACGCCUGCAUUCGGGAAAAAAGCCAUUUAAGUGCGAUGAAAAGGAUUGCGGCAAAUGCUUUCUAUACAAAUACUAUUUAAAUGGACACAAAAGUAUCGUUCAUUCAAAGGAAAAGAGAUUUCAUUGCGAUUAUAAGGGAUGCGACCAAAAGUUUGCAUAUAAAAUGGGUUUAAUUCGUCACAAACGGGUCCACUCGGGAGAGAAGCCGUUCGCCUGCUAUGUCAUGGAUUGCGACAAACGAUUCACUCGGAAAUCGGAUGUAAAUAAACAUAAAAAAGUGGUUCAUUUGAAACUCAAACCAUUCGUUUGUAAUGAAGAUAAUUGCGGACAAAAAUUGGCCGUAAAAUCAUCACUCGUUAAACACAACCGCAUUCAUACGGGAGAAAAACCAUACGUUUGCGAUCACAAAGAUUGCGGCAAAAUACCGGAGCUUAAAGUGGAAGUUUCUAUUAUGGCCAAAGUUGUGACCAAUUUAUUAGCCAUUUUCUACGGUAUAAUCAAGAAUCGGAGCACUUAUUUCCAUACUAAGCGCCGGGAUGUGCCUCCAAAGUGCCUCAAAGACCCAGCACUGGGAACCCAUCACUUCAUACAACUUAAAGACAUAAAAAUGCAUUUCGUGUCAAAAGGCGAUGAAAACAAACAGUUAAUGCUUUUCAUUCACGGAUUCCCGGAGUUCUGGUACUCGUGGAGGCAUCAGAUGAAAGAGUUCGCCAAAGACUAUCACGUGAUCGCAGUGGACAACAGGGGAUAUGGAGACACAGACAAACCUACCGGCGCUCAGAACUACACGAUCGACCAGAUAGUGGAGGACACGCGACAACUAGUGGAG